CAACCGAGGCAUACACUGUUCCGACAGCACUCCAAGAUGAACAUUUUCUACUAUAUCACUGUUUUGAUCUGUGCGUGCCUCGCAUAUGUCUCCGCUCUCCCUUCGGCCAUCGCGGGAGCUGAAGACCUCCAACCUGCCGAGUCUCGUUGGAAUCAUGGCGGUGGACACCACGGCGGUGGACACCACGGCGGCGGUCACCACGGUGGUGGUCAUCAUGGUGGCCAUGAAGGCUACAAAGGUGGUUAUGGACGCGGACGCUAACUGCCUUUUAAAAAGCUGUUUACAUGAAUAGUCUUAUCAAGUUAAGGAGCAACAAAUUUUAAUUUGUGACACAUCUAUUACCUAUAACUACAGACUUAUAACGUUAAAAUUAAAUUAUUACCAUCUUAUGUGAUGCAUUAAAUUCAAUUUCAAAGAACUUGACAAGCAGUAAUUGUGUACCAUUAGUUAAAUCACUUACAAAUGAAUUGUAUUUUUAAAUUUAAUAUUAAGUUAAGCACUAUGUACAAUGUCUUCUAAUUUUUAAUAUGAAUAAUAAA